AUGAAUAUGAAUUCAAAAGUACUUGUAUACAUUUGGGUUUAUAUAAUUUUUCACUACGCUCUAGCAGAUGAAAACCAAUUAUAUUACGUUAUGAGCUCUGGUAACGAUGACAAUUCGGGAACCACCCAAACCAAUGCAUGGCGUACUAUUCAAAAGGCAGCCAGUAAAGCUAUAGCUGGUUCUACUGUCUACAUUGGUCCUGGAACAUACUAUGAAACUAUUACAAUACUCGUCCAAGGAAAUCUCUUCAAUGGAUCAAUCACAUUUACUAGUUUAAUGCCAGAUAACCCGGCGAUUAUCUCGGGUGAAAAUGCUACAGUUGCAUCACCCGAUGGUACACUAAAUUUGAUCUAUAUAGAAAACAAAAGUUAUUUAAAUAUUAUUAAUCUUGAAUUGGCUAAUUUGAAAGGUAGCGAAUGUAGUGGAGUCAGGAUUGUUGGCGGUGGAACACGAAUUGAGCUUCGCAAUUUACAUAUACAUGAUAUACUUGGCGGAGGAAAGACAGGUGGAGCGAUGGCAAUUACGGUUUAUAACAAAAAUCAAGAGACGAGUCUCAGUAAAUUAAUCAUCGAUAAUUGUACAUUAUAUGAUUGUGAACCAGCUUGGAGCGAGGCUUUAACUCUCAAUGGUAAUAUUGAAUUGUUUCAAGUGACUAACAAUCGCGUCUACAAUAUGAAUAAUAUUGGCAUUGAUUUUAUAGGCGGAGAAAGUAACAUGGGAGCUCUUGGGGCUCGUUCUGGUCAAUGUUAUUAUAAUACAGUAUGGAACAUUCAUUCUUCAUAUGAUUCUAGUGCAGCUGGUAUUUAUGUAGAUGGAGGAUCUGAUAUAAAUAUAGGAAAGAAUGAAGUUUAUAAUUCGGAUGCUGGUAUAGAAAUCGGUGCUGAAAAUCAAGGUCGAAUAGCGUCAGGAAUGGUUGUUCAUGAAAACUACAUUCAUGAUAAUGACAAAGCUGGUCUUCUCUUUGGUGGAUACGAUUUCGAACGAGGACGUGUCAUCAAUAGUACAUUCCAAAAUAAUCGACUGGAAAAUAACGAUGUCAAACAUACUGAAGCUGGAGAAAUUGUCGUUUCUUUUGCAUCCAAUAAUUUUGUCUAUUCCAAUGCAAUCAAACCAAACAUAAAAAAUAUUAUUCUAACUGUAGAUCAGAUAGGUGGUUUGGAUAAUGUAUUCAAUCGACAAUCAUAUUAUCCGAACGGAUCGAAUGCAAACGAAAGCAAUCUAAUUUUUAAUUGGGGUAAUCAACAAUAUCGUGGACUGAGUGCAUUUCAAAAUGCAACCCAACAAGAAUUACAAGCCUCUGUUCUCUCAUCAAAGGCUGGAUUGAUACGUUAUCCAUCAAUGUUGUGCAUUCUUCCAUUGAUCAUCACUUUCAUAGCAUCAGCAAAAGCUUACUAA